AUGGGGGAGAACUUCUGGCUCUGCCCGCUGCGCACUCCGCGCGGCCGGUUCCUGGUGUCGCUCCCGCCAGGCGGCGAGUUCCUGCAAGGCACCCCGGAGCUCGUGGGCCGGGCGGACGGACCAGGAUUCUUCAUUCCUGUCCAGGAGAUGGUUGCCGUGAAGCUUGGAGCAGCCAGUGACGUAAAGGAGAACUUGGACCCCUCAGUGAAUGAAAACUGCUUCACUGUAUUCUUCAUACAGCGGAAAAAGCAAGAGUGUUGGAGCCUGGGGGCACUGGAGUUCACCGCCCCGCCCGCGUCUGAGCUGGCAAUACGCUGGGUCAAUGCCCUGCAGAUCUGGAUUCAUCUCCAUGGUGUUACACGGCCCAAGAGUCUCCUUGUUUUCAUCAACCCAGUUGGGGGGCGCAAGCGAGCAGUGGAUAUCUACCACGGUCAGGUGGCCCCACUUUUCACCCUGGCUGGGAUCUACGUUCAAGUUGUGGAGACCUGCCAUGCAAGUGAGGCUCGUGACUACAUCCUGCAGCAAGACCUCUGCGACUUUGAUGGGCUGGUGAGUGUAGGGGGUGACGGUACCUUCAAUGAGCUGAUGCAUGCUUUGAUUGAACGGGCACAGCAAAAGGCAGGGGGUCCCAAGGAUGACUUUGAUGCUGAGCUCCUGUCCCCAAGACUUCGUAUCGGUAUCAUACCUGCAGGUUCCACGGACUGUGUCUGCUUUGCGACGGUGGGAACGAAUGACCCCAUCACCUCUGCUCUGCACAUCAUCAUAGGAGACAGACAGCCGCUGGACGUCUGCAGCAUUUGGCAUAACGGGAAGAUUCUCCGCUACUCGGUCUCCCUGGUUGGUUACGGCUUCUAUGGCGAUGUGACGAGUGUCAGCGAGAAGCACCGUUGGAUGGGGCCAGUGCGCUACACCUAUGCAGGAGCCAAGGCAGUGCUCAGCAACCGCAGCUACGAGGGCACAGUGGAGUUCCAGUUAGCAAGGACAGAGGAGGCCAACCCGCGAGACCAGACGCGCUGCCGGUCAGGAUGCGUGGUCUGUUCAGAGUCUAGCAAGCAUCUGUUGGUGGGAAGCAAGGAAGAAGAAAAGCAGUCGGAGUCAGAGAGGCACAGAGAAGGCGAGUGGCAGCGGGUUCAGGGCCGUUUCCUGGCUGUGAACUUGACCUGCAUUAGUUGUGCCUGUCCAAAGAGCCCUGAAGGCCUCUCACCCUGCGCCCAUCUGGCUGACGGAACUGCCGACCUCAUCCUGGUGCGCGAAUGCUCAACGCUGUCCUUCCUGCAGCAUUUGACUCGACACACCAAUUGCUCAGACCAGUUUGACCUGCCCUUCGUGAGUGUCUACCGGGUUCGGGCUCUUCGUUUCACCUCCUCAAAAGCGGAGGAUUGCGAGAAUGGCGAGCAAGGACGGAAGGGAUUCUGUGGGGGAACGUGCCAGGGCGAACCUCCUGUCAGCUGCUGGACCUGUGAUGGCGAGACCUUGAGCCAUGCUGACAUCAGCAUUAGAGUUCACGGGCGGCUCAUCCACCUAUUUGCCCGUGGCAUCGAACAGGUACCCUGCGCGUCGUAGAAGCUUCCUGCUAACGUGAGAGACAGUCAGAGUUGUAGGGGAGCACAAAGAUGUGGCCACUGCAGAG